AUGGACUCGUCUAUGGAAAGUGAAGCGCGGAUGAUUCUGCAAGAACCAUGUCUGGUUGAAGAGGACAGUUUGUGUGAAGUUGAUCACGAUGACACUCUUAUAAUAGCAUUGGACGAGGUUGAAGAGCACACAAUAACAACAGAGCCAACCCCAAACAUGAGGUCUGCCCAGUCAGAAAACCAACCAGAACCCAAUACGGUUUCUCAGUUGGACCGCUCUCAUCUCGAGGAUGAAGUGAAAACCAAAAAGACUCACUCAAAACUAAAAAAACAGGAAAAAGCAGCAAAAGUGGGAAAGAAGUAUGUUCCGUCUAAAAAGGCUAUGACAGAUCCACUGAAGAUCGACAUGUCCAAGCCUCUCCCUCUCUCAUCAUCCCAAAUUUCUCUCCAGUGCUUGGAAUGCCACAUCAUAUUCAGCGACCACAAGAGCAAAGAGCGCCACCUGAAGUCCAGCCACCCUGCGGAAUACGAGCAGUCCAUCCUGCGGAACGCACUGUUCGCCUGCUACGUCUGCGACCGCCAUUUCACCAACUCCACAGAGCUCAUGACCCACCAGAAGGCCCACGUGGAGAAGAAGCCUUUCAAGUGUCCCAUCUGCGCACAGACCUUCAGCAAACUGUCCGAGCUGUCCGUCCACAAGAAGGUGCAUUUCGGGCAGCACGGUUACACUUGCACUCAGUGUGGGAAGCCAUGCAAAACUCUGACGCUACUGAAGUAUCACUGCCGCACGCACACGGGAGAGCGCCCAUACGUGUGCAAAGAGUGCGGCAAGCGCUUCACCAUGCCCAAAGCCCUGCAGAAGCACCUGGACUCACACCUGCCCAAGAUAGAAGGUGCACCUUUGCCGGUUUACAGCUGCUCCGUUUGCAAAGCAACUUUCAAAAGCACAAAGACACGGCAUUGUCACAUGAAGAAAAAGCACCUGUCCAAAUCAGCUUUGAACAAAACGAGUGGACAGAUAAUGAAGCGCUGCACACCCAUCAUUACGCCCAUAUCCAUCUCCCAGCCGUCUUUGCUCCAAGUCGGACCCAAUGGACCUUUGCAGAAAGUAGACGCCAACAUCGACACAGAACAGCUUCCUGUGUUGGAAAGGGACAAAACAGUGGAACAGGAAUCCAGCACUGAAACGGCAAAAGAACCGCUUCAACAAGAACAUUGUGAACGGGAAAGGGAGGAGUCUCCAGGGAUUGUUUUGGAGAAAGUAGUGACGACUGUCAUCACCUCUGUGGAUAAAGAGACGAGCCAAACACAGGAUUGUGAAAAUGAGAACCAAGACAUCAAGAUGGAGGAGAGCGGUGCAGACUCCACACAGCGUGACAUCAGGACUGUGCUGGUGAAAGAGGAGGUCAGGCAGACACCACAGAAAGAACUAGUCGUCUGGAACAACAAGGCCAACUCCAACUCCUGCAGCCCUGCUGCAAUUGGAGUGACAGAGACGGCUGACAGCACUGCUCAAAACUGCAGUUCCAGUCAGUGCGUGUUCUACCCGGUCAAACAGGAGGAGCGGGAGGUCCUGGUGGGAGAGAUGCAAAGAUCUUCUGCUUCAACUAAGACCAGUCACCAGUCGGAGCAGCACACCACAGACAAUGUCUUUGCUCGAGAAGAAGUGAUGGGACCACCAGGACUUGGGGAUCUCUCUGAUGGACAAGCAGGCCAAGGGACCGAGGAACAGUCAGCGCCAAGUCUUUUCGAUUUCCUUUUGCAAGGCUCUGAUGAAGAGGACUCCACUGUUGAAUGGUCAGAUCCUCACGUCCACACCGAAGAAGAAAUAAUGGCCAAUUUCUACAAAAAACAAAGCCCCUCGUCAAAUCAGUCUGGAAUCAGUGUUUCUGGAACAACUACAGAGAAUAUCAGGAGACCCAUUGAUUAUUUCUCAAACUACUUUGAUUGGGAUACGUGGCGAGAAAUUUCACAUUUCACCAAUCAGGCUCAAAACAUAUCCACCCCUGUUUCCAUCAAAGAAGUGGCACAAUUUGUCGGCAUCCACGUCGCAAUGGGAAGUUUAAAGUUUCCCAAUCCCCGGUUUUACUGGGAGGACUUGACGAAGGUCCCGCUGAUUGCUGACGCCAUGCCCAUGAUGCGCUUUCUGGAGCUGUCUCGAAAGCUGAAACUCGCCUGUCCACAAGUGAAUGACCAAAACUGCAGUGAAAACAGGAGAGACGCCGUGAUUGGCUCUUCAAAUGACAAGCAGCACAAUUCACAACAUCUUCAACAGAACUCUUUGGUCAACUCCUGGCUACUGUAUAAGCGAGAUGUGAACUCGCCUUUAACACUGCUCGCCUUCAGACUGGAAGUGUCGAAAGCCUUGAUCCUUGCCAGCGGUUUGGAUGCACAGGACUCGGUUUCCAAUCAGACGGAGGAGCCCCCUUCCCUCGGCGACAGCCCGGAUCCAGGACCACUGCACGAAAAUUCUCUUCCAGACGCAGCCUCUCGCUACGACGGUCUGGGACACUGGCCCGAGCAGCUGGCGGAGGGACAGGGGGGCAGGUGUCGAUUUGGGGACUUGGUGGCGCUGUUGCUGCUGUCCUCGCGCUCAGAGCAGAUCCGGAAGUGGCCCGCGCGUUGGUCAGAGUUACUCUUCAAUCAAAUAUCUUCUCUGAGGCUGUGGGCUCAAGGGCCAGUGAGACUGCACAAUGGACUCUGA